GCAGUCGCCGGCCGGCGGGAAGCCCGCGCGCACGCUAGCUGCCGCGGGGCAGUGCGUCGCCGGCGCUCGUGGAGUCUGCGCGGUUCGUGUAUGCACGACAAGCCGCGCUCAGCCGUCAGUCCACACGCGACACUCGACGCUCCACGAUGCCCACCGGAGGUGCUCUGCAGCGACUGGCGGAGGCGCUGCCUCUGGUGCUGCUGUUGCUGAUGACGGUUCCGGCCGGCUCCUUCGCUGCACAGGCCACUCCUCAGGAGUCGCAGCUGGUGGUAGAGCGGUGCGAGGCGCAGCUGCGGCAGUGCGAGCGCAGCCGGGCGCAGGGCGGCGGCUCCGUCUGCGGCUCGGACAACAACACCUACCACACGCUCUGCCUGCUCGAGCAGGCCGCCUGCAAGGGCGACAACGUCACGCUGCUGCACCGCGGACGCUGCAAGCACGCGCGGCUGUGCUGGAGCGACCGCGAGUUCGCGCUGGGGCUGUCGCGCGCGCCGCAGACGCCGGCGCCGUUCGUGCCGCGCUGCGAGCCGGACGGGACGUACGCGCGCGUGCAGUGCCACGACGCCACUGGCUACUGCUGGUGCGUCACGCCCGCCGGCCGCCUGCUGCCCGGCACAACCCAGCCCAAGGAGCGGCCGCCGCGCUGCGACGGUGGACACGGGAAACGGGCAACUAGAACGCCACCUCCGAAGAAAGGCUGCGCUCACAAUGACCGGUCCAAGUUCAGCCACAACUUGAUCAAGAACUUCCGCAUCGAGUACAACCGUCUGCCCCAGUCGUCGCCAACUGCCACCAAAGCCGAGGUGCUGGACUGGAAGUUCUCGACGCUGGACGGAGACGGAGACGCGCUGCUGUCGCGCGAGGAGAGCGCCUCGCUGCGGCGCCUGAUCCGGGGUUCGGUGCGGCCGCGCCGCUGCGCCAAGCAGUUUGCCCGCCUCUGCGACAGGGACCGCGACGGCCGCAUCUCGCGCAACGAGUGGCACGCCUGCAUAGACCUCGACGUCAGCCUUCUGUUCGAUGAUCCCCCUUCCCCUGACAUUGUGGUGGAUCCACUUAACAGGAGGAACAGCCAACCAGAGGCUAAUGAUUGUCUGUCUGACAGGCGGUCAGUAUUGGAAGAACAGAAAGCUGGCAGUGAUAAACUGUAUGUGCCAGAGUGCACUCCUGAUGGGCGCUUUCAGAAAAUACAAUGCUACAAUUCAACAGGUUAUUGUUGGUGUGUUCAUGAAGACAGCGGCAAGCCAAUACCAGGGACACCUGUGAAAGAUCAGAUACCAAAAUGCGAUGCAGUUCCUGCUCCAAGGAGGCCAAUGAAUGGUUGUUCUGAGCCCCGUAAGCAGUUGUUCCUUAAAGAGCUUAUGGACAUGAUGUCAAAGAAAAUGAUAUCUGCAAGGAACAGGACCAGUCAGGAAAGCCAAUCUCGACCCUUGCUACCAUCAUCACCAGAAGAGGAAAUUGCCGUGUGGAAUUUCAAUGCACUUGAUAAGAAUAAAAGCAAGGUCCUAGAGAGAAAGGAGUGGAAACACUUCCGAACAAUGGUAACUGCCAACAAGCUGUUGCGGAAAUGUGGUAAAAGAUUUCCACGAUACUGCGACAUCAAUCUUGAUAGGAAAAUCAGUCUGACAGAGUGGCUGAACUGUUUAAGCAGCAGUGAAGAAAGCAUUUCAAGGACUUCGCAGACAUCAAGUUUCAGAAGAGUAAAAGGAGAAAACCCUUUACAGAUGUUACUUAAGCAAGAAUAAUGACCAUUAGUGAGAAAAAGGAAAUCGCUAAUAUUGUGUUUAAAAUCUGAUGCUAACCUGAUUAUUCAGUUCAUCAGGUGUCAGCAUCAUUUACUAGAGCAGAGAGAUGCUCAUCAAUAUGAAAAGACUAAGAAGUGCACAGGAAACACUCAAAAAUUGCUGCAACAGUUUGGUGCUCUGACUGUGCAACAAAGACUCGGAGCUCUCUUGCCAUAUUCCAUGAUUUUUUUUUUUUUUAUAAUGUGUGUACAUAAGACUGUUUAAUGUGAAGAUUUGAAGAGUGGAUGAAAGAAACUCAGGAUGCCUGUUUUUUAGCAGUGUAUUAAAGUGAGAUGUUGAUUAUUUAUUUUCUAUGCAUUCAGUCAAAUAUAGACAUAUACUAAUGAAAUAUGAACAAUGCUGUGAUUCUUUGUUUAACAGCAACUAUUUAUAAUAGCUAAAUUUCUUUCUUCCAUUGUGUACAUUAGCUCAUCAGAUUCUGACAUACACUUUCAACAUUUGUAAGUGUAAUGAAGUACGUAUUACAUCUGGUGUCUUUAAGUAUAAUUAUGUGCACUCUGUGAAAGAUUAGAUCUCAUUUCUGUAUUUUUUCUCCUAUUUCCUUCAGAUUCACAAUGAACCACACAAAUAUGAUCAGCUUUAAUAUUUUACGAUGUAAAUGUGAUGUAAUAUGCAAAAGUUUUAACAUAUUGUAACAGUUAAGAUGGUGAUUAUGAAGUCAUUCAUGUAAAAGUGACAAAACAUUAUCUGUCCCUACAUUUUAGAUGUAAAUAAAUAAAAACUUUUUGAUAUUUUUAAACAGUA